UGGUAGCGCGUGGCAGUGUAUAAAGAAAAAGAAACUAAAACAUGGCGGAGUGGAAGUGUCGCGCAAGGUACAUGUAAAAUGUUCGGUUGUUUCGAUCGAACGUUUUAAUGUGUGUGAAGUAUUUGCUGCAAAAGUGUAAUAACUAAUAAUGUCAUCAAUACAGUUCGUUGUGCAUCCGUUGCCGGGGUCUGAGGAACAAUUUAAUGAUAGACUUAAAGAGGUAGCUGACCGAAUAAAUCGGUUAGGACAGACUUCACAUCCAGUAUGGUCACAUUUGCGAGUAGGUGUGAAGAAAGUAUUGCUGGGGCCUGCACACAUUGCAUUGCUCCUGGAGGAUGGAAGGAUUUGUAGAGUUUCAUUUAGUGUUAUUUCGGACAGAUUGGAUCUUACAAAAACAGAUCCAAAUAAAAAUAAUGGAAAUAAUGGAACAGGUGGUUCUGGUGGAGGAGGAGGAGGCGGCGGUGGAGGUGGUGCCGGCGGUUCUGGUAGUAAUAGUAAACCAACUGCAAGAAUGAGAACCAGGGCUCGAAUUAUGCGUUCCAAUACAGCAAUUCGAGGAGGAAGUAACAGUACUAGUCGAGGUGCUCCUGUGAUUAUUGGUACAAGUAGUUCAGGUAGUGGUAGACCAAUGGUUACAGUCCCAGCUCCAUAUGUUCCAGAAGAACUUGUGUCUCAAGCGCAAGUAGUACUGCAAGGAAAAAGUAGAAAUUUGAUAAUUCGUGAAUUGCAGAGAACCAAUUUGGAUGUGAAUCUAGCAGUUAAUAAUCUGCUUUCUCGUGACGAUGAAGAAGGAGAAGAAGGCGAUGAUGCAGCAGAUUCGUAUGUCCCAGAAGACCUUAUAUCUUUAUUAGAUGGCGGUUUCCAUGCUGACCAUUCCUCAGUCAUUAUUGAUGCAGACGCCAUGUUCUCGGAAGACAUGUUCGGAUAUUCAGGAAUCAGAAACUUCCUUAAUAGCCGUAGCAGUUCCGGACGAAACCGUUUGACUGACCGAGAUGCUCCGCCUGCAAAUAAUGCUGGUUCCACGGAUCGCGAUAGUAGAGAUAGUUUUUCUCGAUGGAGGGAUCGACAGUAUUUUGGGCCCAGAAGAUGGUUGGAAGCCGCGCUUAGAGACAGCGCUUUCGAAAAGGAUUCCGAUAAUAAAAAAAAAGAUGGCGCGAGUCCUCUUUGGGUUUCCGAUGAGCUGGAGUUUUGGCCAGACACUGCAGGUCGAUUUACACAGAUUGCUACAUUGUAUAGUGAAUUAAUUGCAUUAUCUACAACUGGUCAUCUAUACCAAUGGAAGUGGAAUGAUGCUGAACCAUAUAAACAUAUUGAUAACCCGAACAUUCAUCAUCCUAAAACAUUACCUUUGAAUUUAAGUAAUGAGCGAAUUACCCAUAUAUCGGCCUGUUGCACUCGAUGCUCUGUAGCAACAGAAUCUGGAAAAGUUGCAACUUGGGUGGAUGAACAACUAUUUGUUGCUUCAUCUAGACUAGACAGUGUAGCUCAAGCUUAUACUGAAUUUCAAAAUGACAAAAUUAAUGGUUUGUACACUUGUCCACUUUACACAGUUGCUAAAUUGGAAAGUGGUGCACUUUAUUGGUGGGGUGUCCUUCCAUUUCAACAAAGAAAACGACUUUGGGAAAAAUAUAGAGCGAAGUUUAGGAAACAAAGAGGAAAUCAGUCGGAAUUAGUUAGCGGAGCUCAAGUUUGCAUGAAAAAUAGCCCUAUGUAUCAAGCGGGCGCAUUAGCAUUUACUGUAGUUGCCGGAGUCCCAAAAGUGGGACAAUUACAAAAUGCCGCAUGGACUUUAAGUGACACUUGCACUUUUAAAAUUAUUACUUACCAAGCUGGAGGGUCAGACAAGAAUAGAGAUUCAGCAAGUGGCAGUUCUAGUGGCCUAACAAAUCUAUCUGGUAAAAACAAAGAAAAUACAGACAGACUGGAUAUGCCACCACCGCCUUCGCCAGCUUCAAGUACUUGCAGUGAUACAGGAAGUAUUAGUAAUAGUCAUAAGCGACAAAAGAGAAUGACUGUGUCUGGGAAUGAACAAGGCACGGAUCAAAGAAAAGACGAAGAAGAGUGGCUUUUGCGUGAUGUGAUAUUUUUAGAAGACACGCGUACAGUGCCAGUAGGCAGAGUGCUUAAGGUUGAUGGAGCGUAUGCUGCUGUCAGAUUUCAACCUUCGCAUGCUCGUGACAAUAAAGACGCAGAUGACAUUUUACAAGAUUGUAGACUAAUGAGAAAAGACGACCUGCAAGUUCUUAAAUCAUCCGCGACAUUCAGAGCACCAGAUUGUUUUCAAAGGACACCGCGUCGAAUCCAAAUAUCCGAUGCUGGUGGUCAAAUUUUAACAAUAGCUGUAGAUGGCCAAGGAAUACAUGCUGUUGUUAGAACUGGUACCAAAUUGAGCUAUGUUAUUUAUAAUAUUUGUAGCGGACGUGUUGAACAAGACAAUCCAUUUCCUAGUGACACCGCCUCUUUCAUGGGCAUCUUUCCGCAGAAUAUUAAUCUUACAUGUGCUGCUGAGAGCAUGGAAUCGAUUUUGAUUUUGCGAGAUGGGAAUAGUACUAUUUAUCCAUUGGCAAAAGAUUGUGCUGACGCUAUAAGAGAUCCUCAGCCUAUUGACUUACCACCAAUUAAGAGUGUUGGAGCUGGUUGUGUUGUCUUGGCCGGCACAGCUCCCAAUCUGAAGAAUCAAGUAGCAGUUAUCAUUUUUGCACUGGACCAACAGUUGUUGAUGCCUAAAAUAUUGAGAUGUGAUGUUGAAGGUGCUAGGCUGGUUUUAGCACAAUUGGAAUUAGAAAGUAAAACAAAUCAGAAUGCUGUUCAAUCAAUACUAAAUGAACGCUGUGAUGGAAAUAGAAACAUAUUUCAUGCCGUUGUGAAUAUGUGUACACCAACAUCAAAUAAGGAAACAGAUAAUGAAACUGCACCACCUGCUGCCAACAACACAAAUUCUGGAUUAGAAUGUAUUAAUGUUAUAACAAAUGCUGUUGGGCCGCGAUCUGUAUCAUUGAGGGAAAUGAUGAGACGAGCUGUUCGUACGGAUCGUGAACAAAUGAACAAUUCUAAUUCUGGCGAUCAACAUGGUUUCGUACAAGAAGAACCUAUCCCUACACAUUCUUGGCCGCCGGAAACUUUUGAAGUAACAUCAGGCGACGAAGAUAGUUUAAUGGGAUUAGGUGGUAGUGCUGCAAAUAAAAAUAGUAACAACAGUAACAGCAAUACUGCAAUGAUCAUUGAUCCAGCAGAGAGGCGAGGAAACGCUAUGGCCAUUCUUAGGACCCUUCUGUUUGAAUCAAGUGCAUUAACGCCGCAUUUGGUGGAGUUACUUUGUUCGAAAGAUGCUCAGGGACAGACUCCGUUCAUGUUGGCAGUGUCCUCGAGAUCUUAUCCAGCGGCUUUGGAGUUAUUUGAAAGAAUCACACAGCUUGGUACACCACAAGAACAGGAAGAAAUGAUUUUCCCGAAAGGCUCUAAUUUGGAUCAUUCGCCGUUACAUGUUAUAUGCUGCAAUGAUACUUGCAGUUUUACUUGGACUGGAGCUGAACAUAUAAAUCAAGAUAUCUUCGAAUGUAGAACCUGCGGUUUAACUGGAUCUUUGUGUUGUUGCACAGAAUGUGCUCGGGUAUGUCACAAAGGACAUGAUUGCAAAUUGAAAAGAACUGCGCCAACUGCAUAUUGUGACUGUUGGGAGAAAUGCAAAUGUAAGGCUCUCGUAAUGGGAAACCAAGCUGUCCGUUAUGAAUUAUUGGUCCGACUUGUGAGGGAUACUAAUCUUGUUAUGUCACCUAACGCAAGAGGUGAAAACAUUUUACUGUUUUUGGCUCAAACAGUGGGAAGACAAAACCACGAGCAAAGACAGUAUCGUGCUUUAAGACCGAGAACAGCAUCUGCGAAUUCAAGAAACAAAACACCAUCAAGUGAUGUUGACAUAGAUAUGCCCGAUCAUGAUUUGGAGCCCCCAAGAUUCAGUAGAAGAGCUCUGGAACAUCUGUUGGGAGAUUGGCGCGCUGUCCACAGCAUGGUAAUGUCCGGAACCAAGGAUAAAACGGAUCCAGCUAAUGACCAGCCCUACGUUGGUAACCAAUCUGGGACAACGCUUCUAGAUAAGUUCACACAUAGCCUUGUGGUGAAAUGUUACAUCGAAGCUUUGGAAAUUCUAAUUGAAACACUCGUUAGAGAAAUGAGAUCUACUGAUGCAGAACAUGCUCAGUUUGCAACACUCGUUUCCAGACGUUUUAUGCGAUCUGUAGUUCGCAUUUACGUUAUUUUCAAUAUAGAAUUAGCUCCGAUAUGCAAGAAGAGAAACAACACCAAUCAAAAUCAACCAAUUACUAAAUGCAAAAAAGUUUUCCGUUGUAUGGUUAAAUUGGCUAUACAAGAACUUUGUGAAACAGCAGAUUCUCUUAUAGCACCUGUUCGUUUAGGUGUAGCCAGACCAACUGCACCAUUUUCCUUGGCUACAACAAUUCCUGAUAUUAUUUCUGGUUCUGAGGAACUAUUUCUAGUGGAUCCUUUGUCUGUACCUAGUGGAUCUCGCAGUACCAGUGGAAGUACUGGUAUAUCAUUAUCAUCACAAUAUCCGUUAUUAGAAGCCGUGCGUAGAGUUGUUGGAGUUACUCGAAAUAUGGAUGAUACUAAUGAUCCUGAAAGCAUGGCUAUUGAUAACGAUGAUGAUAAUACUUCUGAACAUGCAGAAACUUCUGUAUAUCGUGCACAUCCUUUGGUUAGAUCUGUGUCACUGAAUGAGGGCGACGCCCAAGAAACUCCACAAGAACAACAAGAAGCCGGAGGUCCUCAAGGAGAAGAUAGUGAUCCGGAAUUAGAUCUACUUGCAGAAACAGAAUCUGAUAGCGAUGACAAUCACAGCAAUCAGGAUGCCGCAUCUGCUCAACGCUCGGUGCAAACUGGAGCGACAGCUGGAUCUGAUACUGGUAUGUUGAUGUUCCCUGAAGAUGAAAGUGGCGAAUCCAGCCAGCAAGAAGAGGAAGAAAGUGAAGCAGGCGAAACUGACGAACAAGAUACGGAAGACUAUUCACUUACGGAGGAUCAAUUAGAACGCAGAAGAAGCCGUUACAGCAGUGCACCGGGUCAUGGUCCACGUACAAAUCUUGCACCUCAGAAUAUGCAAUGGGCCAUACGGUCAAGAGAAGCAUCUCGUUCGACUGGUGUAAGAUUGACAGGCGGAUCGAACCUUGUGUUCAUUGACUCCAAUUCCUUGAGGCGAUCUACUGGUAGCACCACAGUAGCUACUACUUCUGAACCAGUAACUAUGGCCACAACAGCCAGUUGUUUGGCACGAGCAUUUGGUAUUGUUAUUAGGCAAAUAUCAGAUUUAUUGCCAUUAAUGUUGCAAUUAAACCAAAUUACUACACCACUGGCUUAUCUUCAUGUUACCCAAGACGAUAUUUGUAAUAUUCAGAUUUAUUUAGAAUUUCGUUUGAAACAAACUUGGGAUUGGUUAUUAACUGUAAUGGAUGCUACUGAGGCACAAUUAAGAUUUGGUGCUUCUCUAACAUCUUCGACGGACAUAACUGUACCUGGACAAUCAACAACUUCUAAUCCAGGAUCAUCUGGAAAUAAUGUUGCAGGUUCUUCGGGAAAUUCAACAUCUAAUGGUGUCCGAAUUGCACACACUCGUCAAAGUGUACCCGGAAAUUCUUCAACACCUAGCGGCACUAGAAUAGUUGGAUUUACAACAAAUGUGGAAGGUGGUCGUUCAAGGCCUGAGAGAGAAGCUGUAGACGGACCGACUGCAAGGAGAGAAUUUUUAUCUUAUUGUCUAUCGUUGAUGAGAGCUCAUAAUGGAGAACAUUUGGAUUCGUUGCCUGUCUUGGAUGUAUCUGCUUUAAAGCACGUUGCUUACGUGUUCGACGCUUUGAUAUAUUUUAUGCGUUCUGGAACACAUACUGAUAUUACAGAAUCCGAUAUACUUAGAGAUGGGUUGCCUCUUCCGCAAUGGAAUGACCAAGAUGAAAAUGAAAAUGAGGAAGAUGAAGAAUACAUGCCUGUAGGCGUUGCUAUGGAUACAGAAUCUCUAGAUGAUCAGGAAGUUUCGAAUUUAGCCAGUAUAGCUAACAGUUUGAAUACUAGUUUACUAACUACCAGUUCCGGCAAAGGCAGAAAACAUUCCUUCUUUCAGCGAUCCGAAUCCACACUUUGUUUGGGAUGCCUACCACCAGAUCCUUUUGAUACUCCAAUGUCUGAAUCUUUGCCGCUAGCUGAUCAGCCUCAUCUUCUGCAGCCAAAUGCUAGACGGGAAGAAUUAUUUGGAAGUCCUAAACAAUCCAUCAGCCUUAUUCCAAGAACCGGCAAUAAUAAUCCGUUGGAAAAUUUACCAGAACGAUUAAGUUUAUCUACACGCACUUCUGAUUUUGCGAUGACUCAGCCAGCAAAAGCAAAUCAUCCUAUUUCAACAACUUUAAAUGUCAUGGGUCCAAAUCCAUUAACGUAUCCAAAUAAUUACAAUCCAGAUAAUGAUCAAGACAAAAGUUCCAAGGAUACUACAUUUGAAACUAAUUUGAACAAUGUAGCUACUACUUCAAGUAGCUUUAAAGUGAACUUGCCGAAACAUGAAGAAAUUAUUACGGGAGAGGAUAGACCACAAGAUUUGUCUUGCAACAAAGACACUGAAAUGGAGACUGAUCAAACAACUGCCAAAGAGAGCACCAAUAAAUCACUUGAAAUAAGAGAUGUUAUUUCUCCCAGUUUAUUGGUAGCUAUAGGCUUAGAACAAGAUCUUCAAUCUUGUUCACCGACAAGGCCGCAAAUCAUCGUUUCGCCCAUGAAAGUUGCAGCAGCUAUUGAAAAUGCAAAACAAGCGGCAUCUGGAAAUGUAUCAGAUUCUACAUAUAAUUUACACGUAUUGCCUCCUUUGCACACCAUAUUCCCAGUUGGUACUACACAACCAGAAGCAGCAGUUUCACCAUCCGGUUCAUCUCGGAGUCCAGGCAAAAGUGUAAUUGUUCGUGCAGGAUCAAAUAUCAGCCAAAAGUCGACAGACAAUGAUAUGAAUAUGUCGGUUGAUCAACCCACAGAAUCAUUGGAGAAUCAAGAAAUUUCUUCGAACGUUACAGUGGUUACAACACCAAUUACUAAUUUGAAUUCUGAUAUUCUGCGACCGACAAUUGGUCAAUCAGUUUCACAAGAUCUCUUGCUUGGACGUUGGAGAUUGUCCCUAGACUUGUUUGGAAGAGUGUUCAUGGAAGAUGUUGCAUUAGAACAAGGAUCUAUUGUUUCUGAAUUGGGCGGAUUUCCAGUGAAGGAAGCCAAAUUUAGAAGAGAUAUGGAAAAGCUGAGGAAUAACCAACAGCGCGAUUUAACUCUAUCUAAAAUGGAAAGAGAUAGAACUCAAUUGAUCUUGCAAACAAUGAAGGAGUUGAACACUCAAUAUAAUAAUUACAAUAGAAGGCCGUCGGCACAACCACCAUUGGCUGUGAAUAGAGUUAAAGUAACUUUCAAGGAAGAACCCGGCGAAGGAUCAGGAGUAGCCAGAAGCUUUUAUACUGCUAUUGCCGAAGCAAUUUUAUCAAAUGAAAAGUUGCCCAACUUGGAGUCAGCACAAGUUGGAAAUAAAUAUACCCAUUAUAGCGUGUUACAAAGGUUACGCAGAGAUCGCGAUUUUCUCCGGAGAACUGCACCAAUUGGUAGAGUGUCAUCGAGAUCACGAGAACAAAGAAGAGUCAUGAAUGUAGACGCUAGAACUUUUAUUCCAAGUAACAUUGAAAAUCCCCCAUCAAUGCCUGAUUUAAGUGGAGCAUCCAAUUCCAAUGGACACACAAAUGCUGCUCAUCAAUCUGGACAUGUAAAUGCUGCUCACCAAUCUGCUCAUAUAAAUGUGCCACAUCAAUCUGGCAGCUCCAGCAAUAAUCAAUCAAAUUCCAGUGCGAAUCGCAAUGAACAUUUGUCUUCUCAUCAGCAGCAACUUGGAGACAGAUUGUAUCCAAAAGUGUUUCACUUGCAUCCAUCGCUUGCAGGAAGAAUAACCGGUAUGUUGCUUGAACUUACUCCGGCACAACUGUUAUUGCUCUUGGCAUCUGAAGAAUCUCUCAGAGGUAAAGUGGAGGAAGCAGUGGAAAUGAUUGUAGCACAUACACAAUCACAACAAGAAUUCGCAUCAGAGACUAUGUUGGAUUUGGAUGUAUUCUCAUUAGCUGAUAGAGGAUGUAAUCGUAAAAAUGCUGGAAGAUCUGGAGAAGGUGCGGAAGAAACUCCGUCGACUGACGAGGAAGAUAAUGCUCCCCUAUUUUAUUGUCCUGGCAAACGUGGAUUUUAUGCGCCGAGACAAGGAAAGGGUUCAUUUGAAAGACUGAAUGCUUUUAGAAAUGUCGGAAGAUUGCUUGGUUUAUGUUUGUUACAAAAUGAGCUGUGUCCAAUAUUUUUAACAAGACAUGUUCUGAAAUCUAUAUUGGGUCGACCUAUUAGGUUCCAUGACUUGGCUUUCUUUGAUCCAAUUGUCUAUGAAUCGUUGCGACAAUUGGUAGUGGACGCGGAAACAAAAGAUGGAAAUAGUCUGUUUACCGCACUAGAUCUCAAUUUCAGCAUCGAUUUAUGCGCUGAAGAAGGUGGUGGAACCCUUGAAUUAAUGCCCGGUGGCAAAGACAUUGAAGUCACUGCUACUAACGUCUACGAUUAUGUUAGAAAAUACGCUAAAUAUCGCAUGGUUAAAGCACAAGAAAAGGCUAUUGAGAAUAUCCGCACUGGAGUAUUUGACGUGUUACCGGAAGGAUCACUCGACGGUUUAUCAGCAGAAGAUCUACGUCUUUUAUUGAAUGGUGUCGGUGAUAUUAAUGUAUCAGUAUUAAUAUCUUAUACGUCGUUUAAUGAUGAAUCAGGAGAAAAUAGUGAAAGGCUUAUCAAGUUUAAACGAUGGCUAUGGUCGAUUGUUGAAAAAAUGACCCAUCUUGAACGACAAGAUUUGGUUUACUUUUGGACGGGUUCACCUGCUCUUCCUGCGAGCGAGGAUGGUUUUCAACCAAUGCCGUCAGUUACAAUAAGGCCUGCUGACGACGGUCAUUUACCAACUGCGAAUACCUGCAUCUCAAGGCUGUACAUUCCCUUGUACAGUAGUCGAAGUGUUUUACGCCAAAAAUUGCUACUUGCCAUUAAAACGAAAAACUUUGGAUUUGUGUGAUGGAUUCUUCCCUAAUUUUUACAUUAUGUUUAUUUUUUUCUAUAUAUAUAAAUAUAUGAACAUGUUCUGUGAGCUAUUUCCUUGCAUCACACUCAUUUUGUAAACCAAACACUUGUAGGUUGAAUUAAAUUCGUAAAGUUUUCUUUAAUAACUACUUUUCAUUAUUACUUAUUUUUUUUUAGACUACUCGUGUGGUGCACAGUGAAACAUUCAAGUGAUAUAUAUAACUUGUGUAAAUAUUAUUAUUAUUUCAUUUUUAUUUUCUUUUAUUUGAGCGUGCUUAUAUUUGUAUAAGUUAUGUAGUAUCCUAUCUGCGACACGCUCAAUAAACUAGAUCUGUACAAUUAAGAGGCGGUUUUAAUCUAGUUUUCUCCAAGUUACAAGUACUUUGUUUCUUUUUAUAUUUUUGCAAAAUAACUUGCAUACAUAUUGUUUUGUUUGUAGACACAAUGAUUUUUUUGUUGUUUAUCUUUUUUUAUUGAUAAGUUAUAUAGAAUUGAGAAAUAUUGGUAUAAUCUAAUGUUUCAUUAUUUAUAUUAUUUAAUAACUCCAUAAAUAAAUAUUAUCACUAUAA